GCUGCUGGGAGGAAGGGAGUCAGCCAAUGGUGGCUGCCACAGGAAGAGCGCGUGGGGCUCGGCUGCAGAGUUUGUGCAUUUUCUGUGCCAGCCUGAACAGUUGGCUGCAAUGCAACAAGAGUCAUCGGGAGUCUACCGGGAAAAGGUGUGGCUGUUGCUCGAGGAGGAUCAGGCACGAUGAAACCUCUCAAAAAGAAACCUAAAGGCGCCGAGAUGGAGGAAACCCUCUGUUGCUGUGAGUACCUGGAUCAGACGGGGGAGAGGAGCCACCUGGCGGCCUGUCUUUGUAACUGUGAGGAUCUCGACGAGUGCUGUGAAAGGUGGCUGACUUGCCGACCCUUGCCUCCUGGAAAUUUAGAAAGAAUUUCAGACACCUUCAUGGACCGCUUCCGUUUCCCAUGGCCUAGGGGGGCUGUGAAGAUCGAUAUCAGUCUCCUCCCACCAGUUAUUCUGCUUCCCGUCUUCCUUCACAUAGCAGCCUUGCACUUCCUCCUCGCUCUCAUCAUUGUUGUGUCACUUCCUGUCCUGGUGCUGUGGUACUACUACCUCACACACAGGAAGAAGGGUCGGACUCUCUUCUUCUUGAGUCUAGGGCUUUUUUCCCUGGGCUAUAUGUACUUUGUGUUCCUCCAGCAAGUGGUUCCCCAAGGCCACGUGGGGCGUAACCAGGUGCUGAUUCUCACCUGUGGUUUAAUCCUCAUGCUGGUGGCUCUGUCUCGAGUCAAGAGAGAUCCUGGCUACAUUUGCUGCCAAAUGAGCAGUGACAAUGCACUUUGUCAAGGCAACAACAAUAACAACAUCUCGAGCCCGAAUGGCCUGGGGAGUACCAACGGGCAUUACAGAGCAGCUCUAUCUGGCAGUGCUACAAACAGUCUCACCAAGGGCUAUUCUCGCCCAUUGAAAGAGGAACCAGGUGGGAUCACGGAGGACUGGUGCUCCAAGUGUCGGCUUGUUAGGCCAGCCCGAGCUGGGCACUGCCGGAUAUGUGGCAGGUGUGUGAAGAGAUUGGACCACCACUGUGUCUGGAUUAACAGUUGUGUUGGAGAACAGAACCACCUGGCCUUUAUCCUUGUGCUCUUCCUUUUUUUGCUUACCUCAGUAUAUGGGAUUUCUUUGACUCUGGACACCAUUUGCAGGGGAAAAGCUACCAUCAAGGCGCUGUUCUACUGCCCUGGGGUCUAUGCAGACUACAGUUCUGCACUGUCAUUCACCUGUGUAUGGUAUUGUGCCAUUGUAACCUCUGGAAUGGGCUACAUCCUUCUCAUUCAGCUCUUGAACAUCAGCUAUAAUGUAACGGAGAGGGAAGCUCGGAUUGCAUUGCGGGAGAACUCUGGCCGCAGACUGUUCUGCGGGAUGGCAGUCGACCCAGGCCUUUACAAUCGGGGCUUCCUGCACAACUGGAUCCAGUUCCUUACCUUGGGUUCUCCUGCUCUAGAGCCCUCCAUUGAAGCCAUUGUAUAAAGAGGCUGAAUUGGUCACUUUUGAGUUAGCUCAUUUAAUCAUCAGUGUCUUAAGCCAUUUAAAGGCAGAUAGCUCUCAAUUGCUGGGAGCUAGAGAGUUGAAUGCACAGUCUGUUAAGCCAUAUUGCAAACCAGAACGCUCUUAAAACAGGCACUAUUCUGCAGGAUCAGCAGGAAAGACCCAAGUGUGAAAGUGACUUCACUGCUAUGUGUAUUCAUAACUUGAUGCCUGCAGUCCUCCCAGUUGUAUGAAACAAUCAUUAUAGAUCACACACCAUAGA